GCAACUCCACCCCCCCUAAACAGAUGCAGUCUACAUCCUGACAAAAUAGAGAUAAGGUGACCAAGAAGCCUGUGGAGUUUUCCUGCAACACUGUCUCUCACACUCUGGUAAACUGCUGCCCAUCUGUAUACUAUUUAAAAGGAGCCUCCAGGGAAAACUCUGAACCACAGGGCAGGGAAAGGAAGUGAAAGGAUUUAAUGAAGUACUUCUUAACAGCAAGUGCCACAUCUGGAAGCUAAGGCAGAGCGAGAGAGAGAGGGAGAGAGAGAGAGAGAAAAUCAAAACAAGUGAGCUACUAAGUUGAGAGGAACUGACUGCAGAAGGGGACAGUAACUAAGCUGAAGAAUAGGAACACUUUGCUGAUGACGAUCAGGAAAUGGCACUGAUUUUAACUUGGCAUUGUAUUUGUCUGGUAUUACUUGUUUCAAAAGCCCUUUCUCUAGCUUCAGACUCAGGAAAAAACAAUGGUUACCCUCUUAACCCCAGACAAGGGUGGACUAAUUUGAUAAUCAACCCUGCUGUCAAAGAACAACAUUCAGUGUCUGCUAGAAACCUACCUACCUUCGCUGAGAAAUGUGGUGUUGGGUCCUAUCUUACAUAUGAAGGGAAUUGUUUGCCAUGUAACUGCAAUGGACAUUCGGACAAAUGCCUUGAUGGUUCUGGCAUCUGUAUUGGCUGUGAUGGAAAUACAGCUGGAAGCCACUGUGAGACCUGCCGUGAUGGCUACAUUGGGAAUGUUGUCAGAGGCGUGCCUAGUUCCUGCACUCUUUGCCCUUGUCCACUUGCUUUGGAGUCAAACAACUUUGCACUGUCUUGUGGAAGACGAAGCGGAGUGGUACGUUGUGUCUGUAGAGAAAAUUAUGCUGGACGGAACUGUGAAAGAUGUGCCCCAGGUUACUAUGGCAACCCUUUGAUAAUAGGAAAUUCCUGUAAAAAAUGUAACUGCCAUGGGAACUCGGAUCCUAACCUUAUCUUUGAUGACUGUGAUGAGACAACUGGGCACUGCCGUUACUGCUUACACAACACCACAGGGGUCCACUGUGAACGCUGUGCUCCUGGUUUCUAUGGAGAUGCCAUCUUAGCUAAAAACUGCACAGCUUGUCACUGCAACAAAUGUGGUACUCACUCCUGUGAUGAGAUAUCAGGGAGAUGUCGAUGCAGGCCAGGAGUUACUGGAGCUCUGUGUGAUCACUGUCAGGAUGGCUAUUACGGGUUUGACAGUUGCACUGGCUGCCAGAACUGUGAGUGCAGCUUAGCUGCUAUAGAUCGUAUAUGUGAUCCAUUCACACGACAGUGCAAAUGCCAACCGGGAGCUGGUGGACUGCAUUGUGAACGCUGCAAGAAAGGCCACUGGAAUUAUGGACCAUAUGGCUGUCAGCCAUGUUUGUGUGAUGGAGGACCGUGUGACAGUCAAACAGGAAAAUGUCUGGAGCAUUCUGAUGAAGAACCUGAUGACACGGAGUGUGACCCUGUCAUGUGUGAUAAAUGCAUAUGGGACUCGAUGGAUGACUUAAAAUCAAUAAACGAAACCUUUCUUGAAGCUACAUCCAGCAUUGAAAGCAUCUCCCUUGAAGUCAAUGCUCACAGGUACUUGAGUGACCUCAAUUCUACAGUUGCUGAAUUCAAGGUUCAGCUUCAUGAGAAAAGAAUUAAUGCAGAUUUUCAAAUAUUCCUGACCAAUAACACAGAGAAAACAGUUUCGAACUUCUGGGCAGCCACUGAUACUUUAGCUGCACAGGAAAAAAACAUCUCAACUAAAGGACAACUAGUGGUAAACGACACAAAGGAAGUUUUUAACAAUGCUGAGAAAAUGUCAAAAGAAAUUGUAGAUUUGAAGCUUAGAAUCCAAGAAAUGGCCUUUGAGUUGGACUAUUAUGGAAAGGAACAUGAAUUGACUCCUGAGGAUAUGCAACAGAAGUUAAAAAAAGCUGAGGAAAUGCUGAGAAAAAUGGAAAAACGAAAAUUCAUUCCCCAGGGGGUCAGUGCAGCAACUGAAAGUCGCAACGCUGAAAAUGUAUUAAACCAAACUCGUCAGUUUUUGUUUCCACACUCUGCGGUCACUUCCAUGAUCCCUGCUUUAUGGUCCCAGUUUGGAGUGUACAAAAGCAAGCUGUCAGAACUUCAAAAUGCACUGAAUGAGUCACACAGAAAUGUCAUCCAGACUCAGAAUAAAAACCAAGUGAAUACUCACAGGUUCCAGGAAACUGAGAGUCAGCAGAAGCAGCUGAUGAAAGAAGCUGAUACAGUUAACAGAACACUUUUGAAGGCUGAAAAUAUCCUGUCUGAUACUGCCCUGUCCAUCUCUGAACUUGACAACCUAAUCAAGAAUGUAUCUGAGCUUCAUGCAGAAAUAGACGGUGCCAAGAAACCUCUAAGAGAAAGGCUGGCAAACUUGUCUUCAGUUGAUGGAGAUAUAGUGCAGCGUGCAAUGGAUCAUGCACAGGAACUUCGAAGGCUAGCAGAAAAUCUGGAAGCUGAUAUGAAAAACACCGAUGCAAAUGGACUUGUUCAGAAAGCACUGAAUGCAUCAAAUGUUUAUAACAAAAUUGUGAAAUACAUUUCUGAAGCAAAUGAAUCUGUUGUGGCAACCCAAAGUGAAACUGCAAGAGCUGUAGAUGCCAUUGCUGGAAUAAGAAAUCAGAUUACUUACCAGAAAAAUAAAAGCAGCGGGCUUCUGGAAGAAGCGAAGGAACUACAGAAGACAAUAGAAGACCGAACUGAUAUGGCUGUCGACAGAACCAAAUAUCGUGUUGAGAGUGGAAUAAGAAAAAAGGAACGCCUCACAGAGCAGAUGUCAGGUGUUAUCAGUCAGAUUAAAAAUCUUCCAGAAGUAGGCUCCUCAAGACAGAUGAUGGAAAAAGCCAGGCAAGUGGCUGAAGAAGCAUUAAAUGCCACAGUUGUACUAAGAGAGACUAUUAGCCCUAUGGAGAUGAACGUAAAACAGUGGACCGAAAAUCUUCGCAAUUCUGAAUAUGAUUCGAGUACCUAUGACAGAGCUGCAGACUCAGCUAGAGUUACAGUGAGAGAUCUUACAGAAAUAGUUCCACAACUUCUGGACAAGCUUCGUGUGGUAGAGGAAAAGCCACCUUUGAGCAACCUGUCCACUAGUAUUAGACGCAUUAGAGAGCUUAUUGCUCAUAGCCGAAAUGUGGCAAGCAAGGUUCAAGUAUCCAUGACGUUUAAAGGUCAGUCAGCUGUUGAUGUUCGUCCUCAAACAAAGCCAGAAGAGCUCCGUGCUUUUACGUCAAUGAGUUUAUACAUGAGUGUGCCCCCCUCAGACCAAGAAAAGCAGCCUGACAGAUUUGUUAUGUAUCUUGGGAACAAAAAUGCAACAACUGACUAUAUUGGUCUCGCUAUUAAAAAAGACAACCUUGUCUAUGUCUACAACCUUGGAAGCGGUGAAGUUGAAGUUCCACUCAACAGCAGACCUGUCAGUACUUGGCCAACUCACUUCAGCCUUAUCAGACUGGAAAGAAUUGGAAAAUAUGGCAAAAUAUUUUUAACUGUGUCGAGUCUGAGUAGUACAGCUGAGGAAAAAUUUAUUCAGAAAGCUGAGGCAAAAGGAUCUGAAUCCUUACUGGACCUUCACCCUGACAACACUGUCUUCUAUGUCGGGGGUGUACCUACAGGUUUCAAGCUCCCGGGCAGCCUGAAUCUGUCUAACUUUGUUGGUUGCAUUGAGCUAGCCACACUGAAUGACGAGGUUAUAAGCCUGUACAAUUUCAGGCACAUUUACAAUAUGAACACAACAGAAACACCACCACGUCCCAGGAAUAAACUAGCUUUCACACAGAGCAGAGCUGCAACAUACUACUUUGAUGGCACAGGAUAUGCUGUUGUUCGCAACAUAGAAAGGCGAGGAAGGUUUAGCCAGGUUACACGGUUUGAUCUGGAAGUCCGUACACCUUCAGACAAUGCUCUACUUCUUCUUAUGGUUAAUGAAAGCAUGUUCUUCAGUUUGGAAAUGCAGAAUGGCUACCUUCGACUUAAUUAUGACUUUGGUUUCAGCACAGGCCCAGUCCUUCUUGAAGAUAAUUUAAAGAAGAUUAAAAUUAAUGAUGCAAGAUAUCAUGAGAUAUCAGUUAUUUACCACAACUCUAAGAAGAUGAUCUUAGUUGUGGACAGAAGGUACUUAAAGAGUGUUGAAAAUGAAAAGAAGCAAAUCCCAUUCACAGACAUUUACAUUGGAGGAGCUCCUUCAGAUAUUGUGUCCAGAUUAAGGUCACAUCUGGCUGUUGAAGUUGGCUUCAGGGGUUGUGCCAAAGGGUUCCAAUUCCAAAAGAAAGAUUUUAACCUUCUGGAAGAGCCAGGAGUAUUGGGAAUCAGCAGUGGUUGCCCUGAAGAGUCACUUCUGUCACGCAGUGCAUACUUCAAUGGGGAAAGCUUUAUAGCUUCUGAUAAGCCUAUUUAUCCCUUUGACACAUUUGAAGGAGGAUUUACCUUCCGAACCCUGCAACCUAGUGGGUUGCUAUUCUCCUACGGUGAAGACUCUGAACGGUUCUCUAUUUCCAUGGCUGGCGGAACCAUCUUCUUCACUACCCGGGGGACAAACCUACAAACGUUUAAUCAGUAUAAUGAUGGACAGAGUCAUUUUGUCAUUGCAUCAGUAAAAGAAUCCAACUGUGUACUUACUGUAGAUGAUAAAGACCUACGGAGGACAAUUUGUGAAAAAGGUGAAGAAGAACAGACACCAGAAACUGCAAGAAAGUAUUACUUUGGUGGCUCACCGAAAACGCAGUAUGGCAACUUCACCGGCUGCAUCAGUAACGCAUAUCUGACAAGGGUGGACAAAGAUAUUGAAGUUGAGGAUUUUCAGCAGUAUGUCGACAAUGUCCAGGUCUCUAUGCAUGGCUGCCCCAUUGAAACACCACCUGCUGCUUUACGACUGAAGCAGGAGAGAAAUUCUUCAGGAUAUAAGAAAGGCAAUAAUAAGAAGAUAAAAGAACAGAAGUCUCUGACUUUGCAGGUGUUGUCCAGUCAUAAUCCUAUAGAAAAAGGCAAGACAUUUGAAGGAGGCCUUCACUGUUCCUCUUCAAGCAUGCCCGGAGCUGCCCAACAUGCACAUCAGUUUGGUGGAAUACCAAACAGUCGCCAGGAGUUUAAUAUCACCCCAUCAUUUUUCAGUGAACGAUCUCAUUUCUCAAUUGAUCUGAAAUCUCACUUGGGUCAUGGUGUAAUCUUCUAUGUAUCAGAUGAAGAGGAAAACAACUUUAUGACACUUUUCCUUGCACAGGGACGGUUACAUUAUGUAUUUAAUGUUGGUCACCGAAAGCUGAAAAUAAGAAGCCAGGGAAGAUACAAUGAUGGACAGUGGCACAAUGUGAUAUUUAUCCGUGACAAGAAUAAAGGACGAUUAGUCAUAGAUGGACUGAUAGUUCAGGAAGAGAGUUUAAGCACUACCGAUACUGACUGGAGUGUCACUAGUCCGUUUUAUGUUGGAGGCAUUCACCCAAAUAAAGCUCAGAAGAACAUUCAGUCCAGUUCAUUGUACAGCUUUAGUGGCUGUCUGCGGGAUUUCAAACUAAAUGGCCAGAGGAUUUCCUCACCUUCUCAAUCAUUUGGUGUUAUACCUUGUUUUGAUGGACCAGUGGAAGCUGGGACGUACUUUUCUGCUGAAGGAGGAUAUGUACUUCUUGAUAAUUCUUUCCAUCUGGGCUCAAAGUUUGAAAUAGUGUUCGAAGUACAUCCAAGAGCAAGUUCUGGAAUACUGCUGCAUACGCAUGGCACAGAUGGAUUCUAUCUGAACCUGAACAUGAAGCACAGGCAGGUCAUAGUACAGCUGCAUAAUGGUGCUCAGGAAUAUUCAACCUCAGUCACAUCCCAGCUGUGUGAUGGCAAAUGGCACAGGAUUGCAGUCAUCAGAGCCUCCAAUGUUGUACAACUGGAUGUGGAUUCAGAAGUGAAUUACGUGGUGGGGCCUGUGACUCCCAUACCAAGCGAUAAUAAGCUACCAAUAUAUGUUGGUGGUGCGCCAGAGUCCUUGCUUCCUCCUAACUUGACUGUAAGGCAGUCAUAUGUUGGAUGCAUUCGAAAUUUUAUGAUAAAUAAGGUACCAGUGAACUUCAGCAAGGCAGCAUUGGUCUACGGUGCAGUCGGCAUCGACUUCUGCCCAGCGGCUUAAUAUAUCUUUCAACCUGCCAGUGAAACUGAACUGCUGACAAAAGUCUUCCAAGCACAUCUUCAUUUUAUCUUACUUUUAAAACUGACUUACUUAUGCAGAAAUGCUAAACUAACAUUAUGGCACUGUGGUAUUAUAGUAACUGAAUAUUCCAACUAUUAAAUAACUUUUUUUAGCAAA